ACUUUCGUCUCCUGCCUCCUUCUCCUUAUUUUCACUUCACGCGUUGAUUCUAACUUGCAAUGAAGGCUUCUAUACUAUUCGGUAUAGCGUGUAUUGGAAGCUGCAUAAGUGGAUCCACUGCGUACGGAUUCUUUGGAGGAUCCGACGAGGAUUCAAAGACUACCAGAGUUGAGAACCCGCAAGCUGCACCAUUCAAGCUGGACUACAAGCUCUCGUUCAAAAAGCCUUAUUACUACAACAAUACUGUACCCUUUUGGCAGACAUCUGGAGAUGUCAUCAAGGCUGAAGACUUUAUACGCCUUGCGCCUUCGGUUCCCGGCUCGAAGGGCCGGAUAUGGUCAACUAUUGCUAACUCACAUCCAGAAUGGGAGGUCAAUAUGCAAUUGAGAAUCUCUGGCCAACAUGUGGGAGGUGGAAGAGGUAUGGCUUUUUGGUAUGCAGCUGAGCCAAAUCAAGAUGGCCCCAUUUUCGGAUCCAAGGAUAAAUGGAAUGGCCUUGGCAUUUGGUUCGACUCUUAUAACCCAAAGACCAAGUCCCCGAUGACAAUGGCUCUGGUGAAUGACGGAACCAAGCAGUUUGCCUCUAGGGUCGAUCCAACGCAGCAUAUGCUUGGCUCAUGCUUUCAAAAUUACCGGAAUACAUAUGAACCUCUGUAUGUUAAAGUUACAUACCGAAACAAAACGCUCUCCGUUAUGAUGGAUCGUGAAAACCGUGGAUCGAGCUAUCGCCACUGCUUUAAGAAACAGGAUGUCGAGCUGCCUACAGGAUACUUUUUUGGCCUGAGUGCUGCGUCCCAAAAUCCUGCGGACGACCAUGAUGUCAUUACGCUGGAAACCUGGGAACUAAACCCGCCUGCAAAGCUAUCGGUAUGAUAUUCCAGGACAUCUGUAAUGAUUAUUUGCAAAGUCUAAUCCUAUUCAAAGCAUCCUAACCGACCAAUGGAAGCGGAAAAAGUUAAGAAAGGCCAAAAGUUCGAGGGUUUGGAUGAUGUACAGAAGCAGAAAAUUGAAGAAAUAUCUCACAAAGUCAAUGUGCUGAGAGAAAUGGCAGGGGAAAAGGAAGCUGGCGAUCAGACUCUGAUUGGCAUGGUAAGAAUGAGACGAGCAACACUGCUACAGCGAGGCAUAUCAAUGUACUUA